GAUCCAAUUUUGAAUAUAUCUUGAUGCGGUUGGAUUUUGUGCUUCCUCUCAUUAUCCGUUCCAAUUUUUCAACCUCGUGAGAGAUACCGAGAGUUGAAUAUUUGAGAGCGAUUAUUUGAAACCUCUUCUCAUUCUUAUAUCUAGUACACGGGAUCAUCCAGUAGCUUUGAAUAGAUCUUGGAGAGAAAAGCUUAGAAUCUACCCUCAACGAUCUUCAGCAGCGGUGAACAUCACCAAUUUCUAUUCUCAGUCGGAUCAGUACUCUUUCGGCAAUAUAAACAUUUUCCUUGACUUCUCUAAUUUAUUUCCACUCAAUAUCCAGCUUCGCAUUUAAGUCAUUCGCCAUGGAAUCUUCCAGUGACAUAAAGCUACCAGGUGAGCGCGCGAGCACAAGUCCUCUUGUAAAGUUGCAACCCCUAUCGUAUGCUGAUGAGAACAAUGAAGACAUGAACGUCCCUAGCAAUCUCGAGUUCUAUAGACAAAUCAUAGACUUUGAGAACGACACGGGUAGACAUGAGCUGAUACUCGGAAAUCUCGAUCGUUCACAGCAAAGAGCGGUUCAGUCACUUGCUCAUAGCAGGAACUUCGACUAUGAAUAUCAACAAGGUUAUGCUAGAGUCUUACGUGGUAGUACUACCAACUGGAACAUUGAGGCUAUGGUUGAAAACUCUCCCACGGAGAUUGCCCACUACGAUGAACCAAUCGACUCUGGAAGACUUUUGGACGAACCAUUCCCCUUCGAAAUGGAUUUCUUGGACUCCAACUCAGAGGUAGAGCCAUGGCUUCAAAAUUCAAUGUACCCAUAUCCACCAGAAUUACCGAGUCAACUGGCCCGAAACGAUGUCGCGUCUGAAGGCUUACCGUUAUCACAACCUGGAAUUGGCUCACAAUUAGAUAUGCCCGGAGAUGAUAUCUAUGGUAAUCCACCAGGUCUCAAUGGAAAAGAUGUUGAUUGCAAUACACGCUUAAGUGAAGAGACUACGCCCGCAAAUCCUAGUGGACCCAUGUUCUCUCCUGGUGGAUCCAUGUUCUCCUCGAAAAAUAGUAGUUAUGAUCUUAUUCAACAGAAUAUCCGACGCCGAGCAUACGUCUGCAAAGCUUGUCAGAAGUCCCACUCUCGGGAGAUUGAUCUCAUAAUGCACCGAAGAUCGCGAUUAAGCGGUAAUGGUAUAAAGUGUCCCGGUUGUACAGGUCACUUUACAACAUGUGAUCUCUUAUUACGGCAUCAGAGAGAGGCGCAUGCGAAUAUAUCCCCUUCAACAGCAGACAUCUCUAGACCAUCGGCAGAAGGUUUCAAAUCAUCAUCUCAUGCUUCGUCCACUUGGUCCGACCAUGACAGUAUGGAAGCGUCAUUGCCCGACGAACUAUUUUUGACGACGAAACCUUCAUACAUCCCCGAAAGCGAUUCGAGUCGGUGGAACUCACGUACCAAUUCUUUUAAUUCGUCCACAUUAUCAUCACCAAUUCGACCAUUCAGAACUACCUCUUUCAACUCACCAUUUGAUAGAUUUGAUAUGCAAGGACUACCAAAUUCUACUAGUAGAAGUAGGUCAGGAUCUAUUUCCAGUCUUCAGAGCGAGCAUGGACGUAACCAAAUUACGCAAACCUCCAGAAAUUCAAGCGGAAGAAGAUAUAACUCUUUAAGAAGCCAGACAAUGGAUGCUACAUGUGAUUCACCGUCUAGAUAUGCCUCUUCUGGAAGAUCUGGUCGCAGUAGACCCCUAACCUCUUUUGCACGCAUCGGCGUGAAUGCUAUCAAAAUGAUCGGAUGGGCGUGUUGGAGAUGCAGAAUUCUGGGCAAAAAGUGUACAGAAGAUAAUCCUUGCCAUACUUGUCCGAAAGGAAACAAAGCUGGCAAAAGUUCUUGGACUAAAAUUGGCUGCAGACGAGGCACACUUCCACAAGAGAUGGAAUCUAUCGAUCUAUGUCCGAAAUCAAUUUCCCAACCAAAGUCUUCUGAUAUUGAUAUUUUGUGUCCCUAUUGUCGACUCAAUUGGUACCAAAGCUCAAAUUCUCGUGAAAGCAAAUGUUCAAGAUGCGAAAGAAUCGAUGCCAAGGUAAUUGGACCUUUCCCGUCAGAUCUCAAAAUUCUUCGCAUGGAAGAAGCCGCAAAGAGAAGACAUAAGGACGUGAUCAAUGUCACCGAAAUGGGAGAGGGAGACGAUAACACCAAGUUCAGUUCAGCCAUUGCUACCCUCAGGAAAAAUUUGUUACUUGAAAACCUUGGACUACCAUCUCAUUUCCCAUUAUCGGCUGGAGUCUAUCUUCCAAAAUCAAUCUCAAUGCCAUCACUCAUCGCCCUUGACCAGUGCAUCAUUGCAAUAAUAUGGGAAAUAACAGAGGACUCUUCGCACAUUCAAAGUCUAUCAACAUUUUGCGGGUCUUCAGAGAGACCGCUCAAUGAUCUAUCUGUACUGUUGCGGUCUGCUUCAAUUUAUCAAGCAAAACUAGAGCCAGAUUCACAUAAAUUAAUUGCGCAAUCACUGAUAUGCCUACGUGAAGCACUUGAACUGAAGCGUGCUACGAAGCUAGGCGCCUUGCACGAAUUUUCCCACCGAAAAUGCCACCAACUCGAAGACUUAAUUCUAACUGAUCUUAUCAUAGAUAAUAUUCCAUCUGCAAAGACAAGCCAGGAUGUAAUAAAAUUAAUGAUCGAUAUCAAGUUGCCAGUGCCACGUGCAUUUAAUUAUCAAUUUGACAAUGGCGUCUUCCGGGGCAGAGCGUCUGCCAAAUUUGUCAAUAACAGGGAGGCGAGACAAGUUAUUGAUGCCCUACACAAGUUUAAAAUUGACGGACAAGCUUUGCAGGUUGAAUACAAAAAUUCCAUUCCGCGACCAGGUGAAAGAGGAAGCUUCUGUAACGACAAAAACGUGGACAGCUUAAUGUCUGCAAUAAAGCGGUACAUUGAGCAACUAUCGAAGGUCUUCUUCAAGAAGGAGAAUUUACGUGGCAAAACAUGGUGGCUAUCAGUCUUUUACAGUCUAGUCAUUCAAAGUUUGGUUCGAGCGAUCUUGAAAGCUAUUGUUGCAGACGGUGGAGUCGAGAUUCCUUCAAGUAUAAAUCAGUAUCUUCACCUAGCAGUGCGGUUAUUUGUAGCAACUUCUGGAGCUCAUGAUCCACUGGUACACGGCAUACCCGUACAGGGUGAUCGACUAAAAGCGUUGGUAGCUUGUGAUUCAUGUAAAAGACGCAAGUUAAAAUGUACAAGGUGGAAACCGUUCUGCGAAGCUUGUCAAGCUUUUCAGUGUCCAUGUGUAUAUGGUGGAAAAUUGGAGAUAAAUGAUUCCGAAAUGGAGGACUACAACUUUGCCAGGCUCUCAGUACAACAAGCAGAGUGGCAAUCUUCCGGAUUGAAUAGUUCAGGGGAAUACCUACAACACAUGUUCCAGGAUGAUGGACAACCUAUCACGUAUGGAGCUGCUAUAAAUAAUUAACCUCAAACAAAAUAUACAAAAUGAUAUUGGAUAUUGGAUAGGGCACCA